CGUCUAUGCUAGUUACCCAAGGAUGUUUUCCAGAGUCGUUUUAAUAAGUCAUAGCAUGACCUUAAUGAAGAUAAAAAGAACUAAACGUUUUACAUCUAAUGCAUUCCACUUAGGCCUUGAUAAACUGGGAAUUGAAAAUAAAAGCGCCCCUUGUUUUCAAAAUUUAUCUUAUGAUGAAAUUGCUAGCCAUGAAAGGAGUAACGGCGAGGGACUUUUUAUUAAAAAUGGCGCAUUUGCAGUAGAUACUGGAAAGUUUACCGGGAGAAGUCCAAUGGAUAAGUAUAUUGUGGAACAGUCUCCUUCAAAAAAUAAUAUCUGGUGGGGCCAAGUUAACCGGCCUAUGAAACCUGAAACUUUUGAUAAGCUUUAUAAAAAGGUGACUACUCACUUUACUGCUGCGGGUGUUAUCUAUGUUUUUGACGGGUACUGCGGAGCCCAUAAAUCAACUCAAAAGAAAGUGCGCUUUAUCACUGAAUUGGCGUGGCAACACCACUUCGUAACAAACAUGUUCAUUCGCCCUACUAGAGAUGAACUUCAAAAUUUUCAGCCAGAUUUCACCGUUAUAAAUGCUUGCAAAGUUACGAAUCCAAGUUAUAGAAAUGAAAGAUUAAACUCUGAAGUUUUCAUCACAUUUAACAUUGAGAAAAAUGUCGCACUUAUUGGAGGAACUUAUUAUGGGGGAGAAAUGAAAAAAGGGAUCUUUAGUAUGAUGAAUUACUGGUUGCCUUUAGAAGGCAUCAUGUCCAUGCACUGUUCUGCUAACGUCGGACCACAAGGCGACUCAGCCUUAUUUUUUGGCCUUUCUGGGACGGGCAAAACUACCUUAUCCGCCGAUCCCAAGCGCCUUCUUAUAGGAGACGACGAGCAUGGCUGGGAUGACGAGGGCAUCUUUAACUUUGAGGGGGGUUGUUACGCGAAAACCAUUAAUUUGACAGAAGAACACGAACCUGAGAUUUUUCGAGCCAUCCAGAGAGAUGCUUUACUCGAAAACUGCUACAUCGUGCCUGGAUCUCACGAGCCUGACUACACCAAUAUAACAAAAACCGAGAACGGCCGAGUUUCUUAUCCAAUUUACCACAUUAAAAAUCACAAGAAGGACUCGAAAGCCGGCCAUCCCACCAACUGUAUAUUUCUAACGUGUGACGCUUAUGGUGUACUGCCGCCUGUCUCCAGGCUGUCUUCUGGACAAGCGCAGUACCAUUUCCUAUCGGGCUACACUGCUAAAGUGGCCGGAACCGAGCGCGGUGUUACCGAGCCGCAGGCUACUUUUAGCGCUUGCUUUGGAGCUGCCUUUCUCCCGCUUCAUCCAACUAAAUAUGCAGAUCUGUUGCAAAAAAAACUUCAAAAAUACGGCACGAAAGUGUUUUUGGUUAACACCGGCUGGAGUGGCGGCUCUUAUGGUUCUGGGAAAAGACUUAGCCUUAAAGUCACGCGGCAGUGCAUUGACGCCAUUCUUGAUGGGAGUAUCAAUAAGGCUCACUUUUACAAGGAUCCCGUGUUUGGCUUUGACGUGCCUAAAAAGCUGGGCUCCCUCUCAGCUGAAGUACUUUGCCCGCGUGCUGGUUGGCAAGACAAGACCAAGUACGACGAAACCGCUAGAAAACUUGCAGAUAGUUUCAAGGAAAACUUUAAACAAUUUGUUCGAUCCGGCUUUACUGACUACUCAUCUUACGGCCCCAAUUGA